CAUUGCUAAGGUCAGGCCACAAGGUCAACAUGACUUGUACAGCCUCAUUGACCAUCUCCUACACCCAGCCACUCUCAGGGAUACACUCAGGCAAUAUCCUACACCCAGCCACUCUCAGGGAUACACUCAGGCAAUAUCCUACACCCAGCCACUCUCAGGGAUACACUCAGGCAAUAUCCUACACCCAGCCACUCUCAGGGAUACACUCAGGCAAUAUCCUACACCCAGCCACUCUCAGGGAUACACUCAGGCAAUAUCCUACACCCAGCCACUCUCAGGGAUACACUCAGGCAAUAUCCUACACCCAGCCACUCUCAGGGAUACACUCAGGCAAUAUCCUACACCCAGCCACUCUCAGGGAUACACUCAGGCAAUAUCCUACACCCAGCCACUCUCAGGGAUACACUCAGGCAAUAUCCUACACCCAGCCACUCUCAGGGAUACACUCAGGCAAUAUCCUACACCCAGCCACUCUCAGGGAUACACUCAGGCAAUAUCCUACACCCAGCCACUCUCAGGGAUACACUCAGGCAAUAUCCUACACCCAGCCACUCUCAGGGAUACACUCAGGCAAUAUCCUACACCCAGCCACUCUCAGGGAUACACUCAGGCAAUAUCCUACACCCAGCCACUCUCAGGGAUACACUCAGGCAAUAUCCUACACCCAGCCACUCUCAGGGAUACACUCAGGCAAUAUCCUACACCCAGCCACUCUCAGGGAUACACUCAGGCAAUAUCCUACACCCAGCCACUCUCAGGGAUACACUCAGGCAAUAUCCUACACCCAGCCACUCUCAGGGAUACACUCAGGCAAUAUCCUACACCCAGCCACUCUCAGGGAUACACUCAGGCAAUAUCCUACACCCAGCCACUCUCAGGGAUACACUCAGGCAAUAUCCUACACCCAGCCACUCUCAGGGAUACACUCAGGCAAUAUCCUCAGUUUGCUGCCAGAGUGUAGGGUGUUUCUGCAAUAAGGUGUGCAAUGUGUGUAUUUAUUUAUUGAAGUUCUUGUAUUCUUGUUAUGUAUACUGUCCAGUGUUAGAUUUUUGAUACUUUAACCUUAAGUCUUUGCCAAGAGGAGGGGGGGGGGGCAGGAUGGCAAGGCCCAUCCUCCUCCUUUGUUGUAAUUGUUUAUUAAUUCAACAAUAAAUGUAU